AUGACUGAGGUGUCACCAUCAUCAAAAAAAGUGGAUGACUUUCUAUCUAGUCUUUCUCAAUUGUCACAGGAGAGGCUCAAAGAGGAUCGUCAAAGGCAAAGAGAAUUGCAGCGCAAUAUAGAUGAGUUGGCGUCGAGGCUGAAUAGUUCAUCGCCAGUCAAAAGAGAUAGCAAUUAUCAAUCGCCGUCGAACUUUAGAUCCCUGCACCGUAUUUCAGCCCCAGAUCUCAAAUUCAACAGAUCAACCAAAACGAAGAAUGACGACGAAUUUGCUCCCCCUUUACCAAAUAGGCGAGUCGAACAGGAAGAGGAGCAACCACCGGCAUUACCUCGAAGGUCAAAGGUUGACGAGGAAGCUCCACCAAAACUACCUGAACGAAAAUACGAGGAUUCCAUUGGAUUACUAAAGCCAAUAGCUAGAAAAGAGGCACCAAUUAAACCACUAAAGCCAAAGCCAGCUGUGUACAAGACGGGAGCUGUCCUGCAAACUAGUGGAUCAGAACCUGGUGGGCAUAGAUCUUUCCGAGACAUUGAAAAUUUGAUCAAGUCUGGAAAGGCUACCACAAAGAGUCUAGAAAGUGCAUCAUCUAAGUUGCCGGAUCCCAAGCCAAAGCCAGACAAGCCGGACUGGCUAUCCUCAUUGUCAUCGUCAAAAUCGACUGUAAUUACAAAGCAGACUUCAUCACCGCCACCUCCGAUAAACGCUACACCCGGUAGGUCAAAACCAACCAGCUGGAUAGACAGCGCAGUUAGCAAAUCACCGGAAUCAAAAUCCAACUCAAAGCCACUGCUUAUCAAGCCAAGUAAACCUAAGCAUUUGGAACUUUACAAUAAGCAAAAGCCAAAGGACCCAGAGCCUGAAUUUAUGACACAAUUCCUGAAAUUGAAGAAGCCCGUCGAAGGAGCCCAGAGCAAGGCCCCUCCAGCGGUGAAACCCAAACCCAAGAUCAAAACCACAGAUGAACCGCCAGCUGAAUUUCAAGCAAAGUUCAAAUCAAUCACAAAACCAACACUGGUAAAGCCACAAGCAAAGACAAUUAAUUACGAAGAGAAAGACUCUUUUGAUCUUAGGUCAAAGUUGCAGAAAAUGUCGCCACCCAAGCCUGAAAAGCCAAAACACAAUCCAUCCACUUAUGAGCAAAGGGAUAGCGAAGAGUUGCGUGCACAAUUGAGUAAAAUGGCCCACAAAAAACCGCCAAAGAAACCUUUAAAGAAAGCGGCCACGGACGAUUUAAGUUUGAAGCAGUCACGGGGUAAAAAGUCAUCUCCUGAAGCUGAUCGCGCCCCUGAAGAUUUGUCCUUUGGGCACAAGCUAGGCGCUCUCUUGUCACAAGGACCUCCAUUGACCAAAGCCCUGACGUUUCCUCAAACAAAAGCAGUGAGUGUUAAGAGUGGUCCACUGCAAGCUGAUGGAAAAGCUUUAACACAUGCUACAAAGAGUAGAGCCAAGGGUCCGAAACGAAAAUUGCCCAAAAGUAUGCAAGGCGGGGGAGAAGGCAAAAGUGUGAGCGAGUCGAGUCGAAAGCAGUUUGAGGCAGACAAGAAAAAGCAAGCAGAACUUCCUCUCGAGAAAGUCAUUACGCCAAUCGUAAAGAAGCCGCCUCCAAUAAAGCAGAAGCCUAAAGAUAUAAAAGUCAAGCCGCGAGUAAUUAGUGGAGAAUUGUUUAUUUAG